AAUCUCUAACCACGAGAAUGCGUAUUUUUAGUCAUCAUGUAACCAUGUAACUUGGUGGGAAUUUGUGUAAAUUGAGAAUUGUGUUCAUAAACUAUUAUUUGAUUAUUCAUAUUCAAUAUGACCUAUAAACCUGCAUACCCACAUGAUGAAAUUGAGUUUGAUCCAUCAUUGGACUUAAAGCCUUUUGAACAAGAGGUCGUCAAAAGAACAAAGCCUGUGAUAGUUCCACGCUCUCAAUGGGGAGCACUCCCAGCCAAGCAGACGGUCCCGACCAAGCUACCCCUUCGUAGGGUGUUCCUGACACUCUGGACGGACACUCCACCCUGUACCUCACCUGAGGAGUGCGAGAGAACCAUGAGGGAGCUACAGCGGCGUCACAUGGAUGAGUUUGGGCUGUCGGAUAUCAAAUGGAAUUUUCUCAUCGGAGGCGACAAGGAGGCCACGAUAUAUGAGGGGAGAGGAUGGUACAACAAGUCUUCUAAAGUCCUGGAGAUGAACCCUCACCACUACCUCGAGAGACUGGACAUAGCUUUCAUUGGAGACUACAGAAAUGUUCCUCACCCCCCGUGGAGAUACGUGGAGCAGGCGGUAGACCUAGUAUCCUACGGUGAGUUCUUGAAGACCGUCCGGAUAGACAGAGACCUCUUGGUGCUAAAAGGAGAAGGGAAGGCGGACUGGGACACUUGGAAAGGAGAUUGGGACGCUUGGCUGACGGAGAAAAUACCUGAUUGGGCGAACCAAGACAACCCACCCUGUCCGGCGGACAAAUUUGACUGAUUGCACUUGUUUCAGAUGCAUACCCUCCACCCCUCAUGGUAUAUAAUAUGGACGCUUUGUUGGCGGAGGGUGAAAGAACGUACUUACUGCACGAGCUGUUUGAAGAUUACACCUGGCUUAACGGCGAUGGAACGUAACUGGGGCCU